AAAAUGGCGACUGGUGUGAGUGACCUUCGUGAUAAGUAGCCUCAAACUAAAAAUUUGACGCUAGGUUACAGAGGUCCUAGGCUCAAUUAGAAUUGGGCGUUAAAACUUCAAGAUAAAAAUCAAGAACCAAUGAUUAUUUAAUGUAAAAUCAAAAUGUGAUUAGAAUGAUGGCUGAUAAGGACAAAAACAUAAUGUUGAAUGAAAGCGUACAUUAGCCCCGGACAACCAUCUUGACCUCAACCGACCUUAACAGCGUGCUCCCGGCCUCAAUAUGCCGAAGUGUAAAUCAAAAACUAAAUUUCUUCCGGCAACCUUUGCCUGGAUUCUUCUAUUAGGAACUACCUCUUUAUUCUUCGCUUUCCCGUGUGUCCAGUGGUAUAUUCUACAGCAGCAGUGGUAUCCGGUUCCUAUAUUCCAGGGAAUCCUAACGUUAUUUGUUCUCAUAAAUUUUUCAAUGGCGACCUUCAUGGAUCCAGGUGUGAUACCGCGCGCAAGUCCUGACGAGGAUAGAGACGAUGAUUUCCGUGCUCCGCUCUAUAGAAACGUUGAGAUAAACGGAAUCACGGUGCGUAUGAAAUGGUGCGUAACCUGUCAGUUCUACCGACCUCCUCGCUGCUCACACUGUUCAGUUUGUAACAAUUGUAUAGAAAUAUUUGAUCAUCAUUGUCCUUGGGUCAACAACUGUAUAGGUCGUCGAAACUACAGAUACUUCUUUAUGUUCCUUAUCUCCUUAAGUCUCCACAUGACCUCCAUCUUUGUGCUCAGCCUCGUUCACGUUCUCCAUAAAAAGGACAGCCUCAGUGAGAUACCUGUAAUUGUAUCUCUGGCUGUAAUGUGCGUAAUUGCGCUCCUCAUUAUUCCAAUAUUUGGGCUCACAGGCUUCCAUAUGGUUCUAGUUGCACGUGGAAGAACCACGAAUGAGCAGGUGACCGGGAAGUUCCGUGGAGGAUACAAUCCAUUCAGUAAAUCCUGUUCAUACAACUGCUGCUUCGCACUCUGUGGACCACAAUAUCCUAGUUUGAAGCACCCGGCAAAAUAUAUCGGGAAGAAGCCACGAAAAUACACCGUUCCCGUACCCGUUAACCCUGACACCCCGGGCCCGAUAGGACCGAGGGGACCGGGAGGUGGACCUCGUAACAGUGGACGAGUCCGGGGGCAGGGAGUGGAACCCAUCGCCGCCCAGGCUGCUGCGGCCGCCCAGGUUCGAACAUAUCGAGAUAAUGGACUUAAACAUUCUUCAUCAGCUUAUAACAGGAUGUCUAUUGCCUCUGAUAUGGAUGCUGGAUCUGAUAUGGAUGAGCCUAUGGGGAGCCAGUCUAAAGACACAGAAUCCUCUCUUCCGCAUAACAGUUCCAAAUCCAAUUUCUUCUCCGAAGACGACAUUCAUAAUCGGACCAGGGCAGAUGAAAGUGUGUUGUCUAGAAGCACCGCAAACACAUCAGUCCAGUUGACCCCCAGCCCAGCUGUAUCAGGGUCAGGGGCUUACCAGGGGCAAAAUCAAGGUCGUCUUCUACAGCAGGGAUACUCAUCACCUCACAUCCUUCAAAAGCCUGGUAAACGAAGUGGAACUCCUGAUCAUAUGUUGAGUGAGACUGGAGUAGAGAUGAGACAAUUACCCCGUCAAACACAAUCUCCGCCUGUCCCUCCUAGUAAAGUUAGAAUGAUGGGUGGUGUAGCCACGCCCCUAGCCGGUGCUCCGCCCCCUACCGUCUCCUCCCCAGGCAGGUACAGUGGGCUAACCACGCCCAUGUACAGUCAUGCUCCUAGUACAACGUACAACCCUGGGUAUACGCCUGGACGGAGAUAUUUAAGUGAAGGAGAACUACUGGAUCCUCAACAGAAUAUGCUAGCUAGUGGAGGAGUUGGUCCUUCUACUUCUGCAGGGCAUAUACAGGAGCUCGCGGGUUCUCCGAACAAAUCCUUUUAUCUGUGGAAGACUGACAGUGGCAGUCCUCCUGUUAUAAACUAUGGGCACGGCCCCCACCCCGGUCACGGACCCCACCCUGGUCACAGCCCCCACCCCGGGCACCCUGUCUACCCUCAGGACUCCUCCCCUAACCAUAGUAACUCUUAUGCCCAGCAGGUUGGGUAUUAUCUUCAACAACCUGUAUCAGAGUUUCUAGCUCCUACCAUACAGUCAGGGGGCCCUAGAACCACCCCUUCAGGGUACCCAGGGGGCCCUAUGGUCCCCUCAGGACACAUGUCUCCUAAAAUGUCCAGAAGAAUUCCACUUGGCGGACAUCUUUCUAGUCCUUACAGUGAAAAUGUGAUUAGAACUAGCUCAUCGCCACAUAACUCUCCCCAGGGACCUAUUACGUUCACGCGCGCCCUCGAGGUGACAGAUAAAAUACAGAUGAGGGGGCGAGCGCCUCCCCCCGCCCCGACAAACAAUAGUGCGCAGACCGCAGAGGGGGAGACAAGUAGAGAAUCUUUGUAUGAUGUUAAUUAUGAAAUAUCUGUAUGACAUAAAGAAAACUAAAUAAAGUU